GGGGGGUUUCCCAUCCCCAUAGGGGGAAGUUCACUGCUCAGCACUUCCUGGUUUGCAGCUGUGCGCUGUGCCACCCCCCCCUCCACCCACCUUCCCUCGUGCCUCAGUUUCCCCACCACCUGCAGCACUGCUUUGGGGGGGGGGGGGGUUGUAUCCUAAAUAGCGCCCAGUGCUGGGGGGGCUGAACCAUCUCGGGGGGGUCCCACAGUGCCCCCAUGCCUCAGUUUCCCUAUGUGCUGGAGGGAGGGGGGGGGAAGGUGUGCAUCCCCAAAUAGCACCCGGUGCCAGAGCUUAGCCAACCCCAGAACAGUUCCUGGGGUCUGGGGGGCGGGGGGGCGUUGGGGUGACAGUUCCCCCCUUUCCCCCCCCCCCCAGGGCGAGAAAAACCACGGCUUUGAUGUGCUGUACCACAACAUGAAGCACGGGCAGACCUCCACCAAGGAGCUGGCAGACUUUGUGCGCGAGAGGGCUGCCAUCGAGGAGAGCUACGCCAAAGCCAUGGUGAAGCUGUCGAAGAUGGCCACCAAUGGCACUCAGCUGGGGACCUUUGCCCCGCUCUGGGAGGUGUUCCGUGUCUCCUCUGACAAACUGGCUCUGUGUCACCUGGAGUUGGUGAGAAAACUGCAGGAGCUGCUCCGGGAGCUGUCGCGCUAUGGGGAGGAGCAGGGCCGGGCACACAAGAAGGUAUUGGACCCCCCCCUCCUCCAUCCCGCCCCCCCCCUUGCAGCCACGCACUGCCACACAGCCCCUGUCCCACACCUCCCU